CCUCCUCCUUUUUUUUUGUGUGUGUCUGAGGCAGCGAAUUCCAAACUGGCACAGCCAAGUCUUUUUCCCUGAGCCGUUUAGGAACAGGUAUUCUCUUACAAAUCAAAAGUAACAUUAACUACUCCUUAGGAUGUCUCAACGAGUGGCUGAGUGGUCAUCAGAGCAUUCCAAAGGAGCACUCCGGCACUCAUAAACACACAGCUCCAGGGAAGAACAGAGAGAGAGCUUGAUAUGCAAAGGCUUUGGCUGACACCUUUUCUCCGUGCUGUUUCCCAUCUCUUUAACCAGUUGAAGCACUGCGAUAAGAAACCGAUCACUCGCAGAAGCCUUUUACUUACACAUAAUUUGAGAAGAAGAGGAUUUUUUGGGGUUAUUUUUUGGUGGUGGUUCGUCAUCCUAGCUUGAAGUUGUCAGGUAGAGAAAAGCAGCAACUCCAGAGCUGAGUUUAGAUGGUGUGGCUCCCGAAAGCAUGCUGAGUGUUGAGUGGGAGUCGGAGGGACUGCAAACAGUGGGCAUUGUUGUGAUUGUUUGUGCCUCUCUGAAACUGCUACACUUGCUGGGACUGAUUAAUUUUUCUGAAGACAGCGUUGAAGAUGAACUGGAAUUGGCCACAGUCCGUCAUCGUCCUGAAGGACUGGAACAACUGGAGGCACAAACCAAAUUCACAAAGAAGGAGCUACAGAUCCUCUACAGGGGAUUCAAAAAUGAAUGUCCUAGUGGGGUGGUCAAUGAAGAAACCUUUAAAGAGAUAUAUUCUCAGUUCUUUCCGCAGGGAGAUGCAACGACAUAUGCACAUUUUCUGUUCAAUGCAUUUGACACAGAUCACAAUGGUACUGUGAGUUUUGAGGACUUUGUCAUGGGUCUUUCCAUUCUGCUCCGGGGCUCAGUACAUGAGAAGCUGAACUGGGCAUUUAACUUGUAUGAUAUCAAUAAAGAUGGAUAUAUAACAAAAGAGGAAAUGCUAGACAUUAUGAAAGCUAUAUAUGAUAUGAUGGGCAAAUGCACAUACCCAAUCCUGAAAGAAGAAACACCUAGGCAGCAUGUGGAGAUAUUCUUCCAGAAAAUGGACAAAAAUAAGGAUGGAGUGGUUACCAUAGAUGAAUUUAUUGAUUGCUGCCAAAACGAUGAAAAUAUAAUGAGAUCAAUGCAGCUGUUUGAAAAUGUCAUAUAACAUGAGGGCUACCAGGAGUCUCUUAACGGCUGGAUCCCAGGAUUCUUUGGCAAAUUCUGAAUAGAACUUACAACUUCAUACAUACUUUUUAAUAGCUCAGUAAUGUGCUGGGAUAUACAGUAUAUAUAUAUUAUGCAAAUAAGCUUGUUCAACUGUAAAGUUCUCAGUUGUCUAAUGUUUCUUUAUUGCAAUAAUGCAUUGGCCCUUGUUCCAAAAAGGUUUUUAGUUUAUGUUUUGCACCUUUAUGUCAAAGAAUUAUAUAAAUUUUAAGAUAGAGAAAAUUAAAACUGACAUUUGUGAAUCUGAGCAUAGCACCAUUCAUGAUUUGGAUUUCAAUUUGAUCAACCCGAUCUCCAAAUGGAAUUACAGUAAGCGCCUCUGUUAUCCUUUGCUUUUACCCUCCCAAAGUUCUCUGAAUUGUAUCGAAUAUUUCUCUUUAUUAUCUUCAAAUUCAUGUUUCAUAUCACAUUAGGGGGACAAAAUCAUUUUUUUCAUGCAAUUAAACAAUAAAAGGUUUAAUAUGCCAUCUUGAAACCCUCCUUUAAACUACUCUUACCACACAAGUACCAAUAGCAAUCAAGGCUCUGACCUUAUAUGAUUUACAGACAUUGUUAAAUGCUAAGUUAAUGUGUGAACCCAGUCUAGGAAAAGUUUUAUAUAAGAGAUUACAAAUGCACUGAACAUAGGUAUCUAAUUAUUUUACUAAAGCAACGUCAGAAAUCACCCAUUAGUGCCUUUACACAUUCUGGCCCAAAGCUGCUUGUGAAUACUGUGAUAUCCAGAGAAGAAAAACUCACUCUGAAAACAACUGAUUGUUACUCCACACUUAACCAGAUAAAAUACAACUUUGUUUUGGGUAAACUCAACUGUGUAACCUCUUAUUCAUACAGAUAGAGUUCACAGAGACAAGCCGUACCAAGAGUCCCUCACUGCGCUCCUGAAGGCUAAGCUUUAUUUCUGAUUUUUUUAAAUCCUAAACAAUAUCCUCAUGAGAAAAUUUCCAAAUGCAAGCAAACUGUAUUUACUCCACUGUAUAGUGGCAACACUGUAGAAUCAUAUUGUAAAAAUAGUAAUUACAUGUACUCUAUGCAUCAAUACACUUAAUAGUCAUAAUGAUUUGACACUUAGCCUCAAGACCCAAGGACACGUUUAGCAAAGCACGUGGUUUCUGUUACCGAGGGAACACAAAAUACAAUUAGUUUUAAUCUGAGCGAGCUCUUUCGGAAAUUAAACUAGUGAUCACAAGAUUGUAUUCACUCUCUGGAAGAAAUACCUUAAUAAGAUUCCCAUGACAGUGUACAGUAUGUAUACAGUAGUUGAAUAUACUGUACCUUUAUUUUUAAGGGUACCUGGACACUUUUCACUGAGACUAAUCAUACUUUACUACUGUCCUGGUGAACAUUACUAUGCAAAAUACCCACUGAAAAGAUAAGGCACCAUAGAGUAUAAAGGAGAGGGAUUUAUUUGGCUUGUUCCUGUGGUGCAUUAUUAUGGCUCACAGAAAAAAAGUGUGGAAAGUUUGCACUGUAGCUUCCUGUUUUGAAAUGAAAUACCUGGAAGUUGAACAAUAUUUUAUAGUGUCAGCUGCUUGGUUAGUGGGGGCUUCUCCAAUUUAUGCUAAUGGAAAUACCCCAGGUAAAUUUGCAUAGUAGUUUCACAUUUUCACCUGUUUCCCAUGACAUUUCAGGAUAACUUUGCUUUCCUGUUAUUUUAACAUACAUGCUCUGCAACUACAGUAACUAUGUUAGAUCAUAAAAGUUAGAACAACAUGAUUUUAGUAUUUACUGUAGUAUCACUGCACAGUCCUUAAAGCAAACUAAAAGCAAAGAAGGACCAUAGAAGUACUCAGAUGGAAACAAGACCAAUUAGAAUUGAAUGAAGUGGGACUUUGUGGUAAAAGGGAAACUUCGGGUGUACAGUAAUUGAUUAUAUUGCAUUGCAACAUCUGAGAUUCUGAAGAUUCUGUUUGUCCUGUCCCUGUUCAUUUUCAACUAAGGAUGUUAAGUUCCAUUACCAUAAACUCUUCCAUUGCCCUCACCCAUAUCAGUACACCCCCUUAAAAACGCUACACAUAAAACAAUUUAGCAAAAAAAAGCCCCAAAUUCUAAUGUUAUUGUUCUCUUCACUGAUAACAGUAAGACAUUCUCCUAAGCAUCUAAUCCAGUGAAUUGGUUGAUCAAAUUGAACUUUCAGUCAUGUGAAAAAUGCCUUCAAGUAGCAUGUCAUAAAAUAUGCUUUUGGAAGCUUUUGUUCCAGCUUUUGUUUCUUUGAUUAAUGAGCAUUUAAUGAUAUAAACAAGCCUAGAUUUCUUUGUCAGUUGUAAUACUUUCAUUAUAAUUGUGCAACAUUCUGAAAGGAUUUUAAAGUACUGACUAUUAAGGGUCUAAAAAAUAUUAGAAAAGAAUCUUUGUCAAUGAAUGUUCAUUUUUUUCCUUCCUUACUCUGCUUCUGUUGUGGUUCUUGACCUUGGCAUGCCUUCCUGCCACAUUUUCUUCCUUUAAAGAAAGCUCAGCUUGCUCUUUCUUGGUCAUUUUUUAACAUAAAUCUUAACAUACUCUACUUUCUAAGUCAUCAAUUGGGAAAUGUGGAUUCAGGGAUGUAGAAUGUUCGUGAGAUGUUGUGAAUAGUGUCUCCUUGGCGUUGAUUAAUUUGUUAUCAGCCAAUUCACAUGGAAAUAUUUUGUUAUCUGUGUUUCACUGUCUUUGGCAUACUGUAUGUACAGUAUUAACUUUUUAAAAACAUAAUAUAAUUUUGCUGUAUGUAUUUAUUGAUCUUUUGUUUUCUAUCCCAUUCUAAAUUCUUAAUCCCAAGGUACAGUAGCACAAUAUUUUUUUUUGUUGUUGAAAAAAAAGGAAAGCAAGGUUAUUUAAUUUAAAUGUUAUUAUUUGCAACAACAUUUUUGAAACUGUUGUGCCCAGCUGUACAUUCCAUUUGAUGUUAAGAAAAUACCUACCCGUUACAGCAAAUGACUCUUCAUUGGAACUUUAUUCCAUGGUUUUGUCAAGGUACUGUACCAAGUAUCCCCGUAAAAAAACUGUUUCAGACAAGUUCAGAAAAGGAAUACAAGCAAAGCAAAGUAAAUUCACACCCUGCCAAUUAAAAAACAAAUAUUCUGGGUAACAGCUCUGAAAUUAACAUCCAGUAGUGCAGCUUUGAGAAGCCUUUUCUGAACAAAUCUGUAAAACUGUAAAAUAGAUUACCUUUACAUACAGUCCAGUACUUCCAUUGCUGCCUAACCCAAACACAUACACACUGUGAUUUUAUUUUGACAUCGCACUUCAAAGCAGUCUAUGUGAAAGUUGUUGCAGAUUCCCUUCAUAGGAAUGUACUUCACAGGGUACACAAUGCUUUUAAGAGCAGAAUUUGAUUUGCAGGCACUGCUGCAACAUGGUGGAUAUAAUUUGAGAUAAAGCCAUAGUUGUUUUUGCAAGUAUAUAAUGAACUUGUACAGGAUUUACAAAAAAUUAACUGAGCACGAAAUACUGUAUGUGAAAUUGGAUGUAAAUGGUAAGAAAUUAAAUUACGAGAAACCCUGCUUUAGUCAUAAAGAUGAAUAUCAAGAAUCUAGGCCUUAACCACAACAUAUCAUCUGUUAUUUUUUGGUUGUUUAAAGUUUAAGCUAAAUUGGCUCCUGUUUUCAUGCACAUUUCAGAGACAGACCAUUUUCAACAAUAAAGAUUUAUAAUUUGUUACAUUGAUGCAAACGUUAUAUCAAAAUAACCAGAAAUGUUCUCAUUCUCAUUAUUUUAUCCUUUUCUGUUAAGUGUUGACAAAAUGCCUCACUCAUUUCUCUCCAGCUAUCUGGGUAAAUCAAAGAGGACAAGGGAACAAAUGGUAUAAGUUACAAAAUGUAAUAAAACUAAGUUCUGAUUUUAA